AUGGAUGGUGGAAUCUGCUCAACCGCUGUUUUACAACCAGUCAAAAAGAGUCAUUUAAGCUAUUAUCAGAACAUACCUAAGAAAUUGACUAUUGAAGAAAUGAUCAAAAAUGCAAUAAUUGCUUUAAGUGAGAAGAAAGGCGUACCUCUCUCUGCAAUAAAGAAAUAUAUGUUAGGUACCUACCUAUACGACGUUACCAAGAAGAGGGUCUACAUCCACAAGUUCCUGAAAGCGGCUGUGGCCGAUGGAAGGCUGAUCAGGAACAGUAGGAAGGGCUUAGUAUUUUACAAGAUAAGGUUUGUUGGUUCGGAUGAGAGUUGUAAAAAAGGAGUGAGGAAAACUGCCCCAAUGAAGCGGUCUUUAAAAAACAAGAAGAGAUAA